AUGUUUUGUUGAGGUUUUCUUUGCAAAAGAUUAUGAUUCACGUAUCUAAAUGAACUGUUAAUCAUUAUUUAAGCAGUUUUAACGAUUGGCAUUUAUAUAAAUAAUGGAUUCUUCGAGAAGAAAUAACUUUGAAGAUCAGCGGUGCAUCCUAGGACUACAAGAUUUGAAAUUAUCCAACAAAGAUGAGGACGGCACUGAGCAAGCGCACGGGGCUGCAACAUCGAAAACAAAUUCUCUCGCCAAGGCUCGGCCUGUGGGAGCGAUCGAAAGCUUCGUUCUGGACAACACCCAGACUAAUAGACAGGAUUAUAGUUUUUACGAACGUUCAAACGUGAUAGCAUCUUCAAAGUUCGCGACUCCAAAGCGUGUAGAAACGAUAGCGUCGAUCAACAAACGCGAUAUAAACACGGCGGCACUCCCCGCUAGCCCAACACGAUCCAUUGAUAGUAAGUCGCAGAGAUCGCUCAGUUACCAAACUGAGGAUCUGUACGAGAUUCCUGCAAACCCAAAUUCUCAGUUUCCACCUCCUGUGUAUGAAAACAUAGAAUACUACGGUGAACAGCGAUCCCAGCAGCCGCCGUACUUCCACCAGUUGUACCAGGCGGGCGCGCCGCCGCCGCCGCCGCCGCCCGUGUCUGACGGCUACUACGACACGCGCUACAGCAAGGCUCAACCGCAAGUACCUGUCAACGCUAAGCCUAAACAUAACCCCACUGUCUACGAAAAUAUGCUUUGUCCAGAUGGUGAUAAGAAAAACGAAUAUAAACCACUUCAGAAGAAUGAGCAACGUUUUGUGCAGCAAGGAUCAAUGCCAGGGCCACAAGUGCCUAAUACUGCAUCCAACAGAAGCAUUUCACAGUUGUUAAUGAAUGACAAAGGCAUAUCAGAAAAAACUCCUCCACCGCCUCCAUAUAAUUCCUCGCAAGACAGCUCUAGCAGUGAUUACACAGUAAUGAAAUCGGCUCCACCUAAGUACACAGAUGUCACAGCUCUUCUUAAGAAUGGCAGUGCUUCCAGUUUUGACAGUAAAGUUGUUCCAUCAACUGCUAUUUACGCCUCAAUAGCCCCAAGUGCUCAAAGGCCUAAGGCUUAUUCUGCUACUGAAGUUCAACAAAACCCCAAGUUUUAUCACUCAAAGCCUAAUCCAGGAAUUGACAAGCCACCAGCUAUAAAUGGUGGAUUUGCAAAGCCACCACCAGUUAAUCGGAUGCAGAUAGUGGAUGAUGCCAAUGCUUCAGACUAUGUGUGCAUGAGUGGAGGUUCCCCUGCUACAUCAGUUCCCACAACAAGAGAUAACAUGUCAUCUGGCUCAGAAUCUCUAGGAUCUCGGAACUUGGUGUCGGGUCUGCCAUCUUUGUGCUCACCAGCAGCAUCACCAGCACCAAGCCCAACACCGAGUUCAGUAUCAGGUGUGUCUGGUGUGUCGGGUGGCUCACGCGGUUCAGGUGGACGCGGAAAGAGCUUGCUGCCAUAUAGCAUCACGCCACCUCGCCCUGCUGGGCCCAGUGAGGCACAACGCAAGAUUGAGGAACUCACAAGACAGCUUGAAGAAGAAAUGGAAAGACAAGAUGAGGAAGGAGAAUACUUUGGCAUCUGCCACACAUGCGGCACGGGCGUGACGGGCGCCGGACAGGCGUGCCAAGCCAUGGGCAACCUGUAUCACACCAACUGCUUCAUCUGCUGCUCGUGCGGGCGCGCGCUGCGCGGGAAAGACUUCUACAAUGUGCAUGGCAAGGUGUACUGUGAGGAGGACUACUUGUAUUCUGGAUUCCAACAGACUGCAGAAAAAUGUGCAAUAUGCGGCCACUUGAUCAUGGAAUUGAUCCUGCAAGCAAUGGGCAAGUCAUACCACCCGGGCUGCUUCCGCUGCUGCGUCUGCAACGAGUGUCUCGACGGCGUGCCCUUCACCGUGGACGUGGACAACAAGAUCUACUGUGUCAACGACUACCACCGCAUGUUCGCACCCAAGUGCGCCAGCUGCGGGAAAGGCAUAACCCCAGUGGAGGGCACUGACGAGACGGUGCGCGUGGUGUCCAUGGACCGCGACUUCCACGUGGACUGCUACAUGUGCUGCGUGUGCGGCAUGCAGCUCACCGACGAGCCCGACAAGCGCUGCUACCCGCUCGCCGGCAAGCUGAUGUGCCGCUCGUGCCACCUCGCCACCAUCGGCGCCGCCUCGGGCCCCGGCCAGCCGCCCGCGCCGCACCUGUCGCCCGCCUCCUACCAGUACAUGGGAUAAGCACAUACUGAUGGAAAACACCGAGGGUUCUAAUGUCACAACAAGCGGAAUUCUUUUGAGCACCGUGCGUGAAUGCAAAACUGCAACUUGUGGGCUCAAAUUUUCAACUUACAAAUACCUAAUGAAGCAGGCGGGCGUUAGGCCCCAUUUACACGAGAGCUUUUUCAACGCGCGUUAAAAAAGCGUUUGAAUGACACAAAUGGAUACAUGUGUAUUUGUUCACACGAUGGCGGUGGCGCUUUUUAUCAAGCUUUGUUGGAUUUUCGACUUUAAGCGUUAGUCGUUAAAUCGAAUUUAGCGUGUAGACGGAUUCAAACGCUUUUUUAACGCGCGUUGAAAAAGCUCUCGUGUAAAUGGGGCUUUACUGUCACGCACCGAGAUAAUAGUUUACUACAGCCAUCAAAGAAUGAUGUCCGACAGACCUUGGCGCAACACGUAACGAUUCUAGAUAGCCGAAUGCUAAGAACACUACUAAAUUUCUCCUUAUAUUUGAAAUCAUGUAUACUCUGGCACACCCAGUUUGUCAGUAGAAAAAGACGCGAAAUUCAAAUGUUGUAUGGGAGGACAACACUUCGCACCUACAUUUUUUAACUUUGCCGCCUUUUUCCACUGACAAUCUGGGUGUGCCAGAGUAUAUGUCCCAAGUUCUCAUUUGAUGGUUUGCUACAUGCUAUAGUUCCUUCCACAACGAUUUAUCGUAAAGUCUAAACCGAAGCUGAUCUGUCUGCAUGCCUUGACGAACAUAUACCUAUCUGGAACCAUUUCAGUAGAUCUAAACGUUAUUGACGUCAAUUGGAUUGGAUAUAUAACUGGACAUUGCGCUUCAAUCAAAGUUAUUCGGUAAUUUUAUACAAACGUAUAUAUAUACCUGUAUUAGAAACCUACAUACAUAUAUAUUAUAAUCAUAUCGGGAUUCCUGCAAAGAAGAUUAGAUAGACACUAAAUAUAAUGCAUAAUGGCUAAAAACUUGUUGUCUAUUGCCUUUGUUAAGUUUUUAGUUCUUAGUUGCUCUAUGUUCAUAUGAAAUUUUAGGGUUUACUGUAAGUAAAGAAAAUAUAUCAAUAUCCAGUUCUGAGCCGUAAGGGAUCAAAACAAUGUUUGAUGCUAAUUUAAGACUAAUAUGCGCAGCUUGGUAAUAUUUGUAUGCAUUUGUUUAUAACUUGGCAGUUGGCCAUGAAGAAUGUUUUUACUAAAGUAUUCAUAGUACACUUCGUUAUAUUAUUAUGCUCUCUUUGCUGUAAAAAUAAAACCUUAAAGACUCGAUGUAUGUUAUACAUAUACCUAUUAAAAGGCUCAAAUAAUAAUUACGGCAUAUGUUCCACUUGACAAUGAAUUGAUUUAUAUUAGUACAUAGGCUUAAGUUAAUGGUGAUAAAAAUGUUGACAGAAACUGAGUAUUAGAUGUUCAUAUAUACAAAAAGCGAUUUAACUCGAUAAACAUUACGAAAAUGUAAUGCAGUUUGUUAUAUAAUAAGUCAGCAAAUAGGCUAAUCUGUUUAAUAUUUCAUAUAAAUAGGAAAUUGCAUGUAAGUAUAUGUAAUUGUAUAAUGUGAUUAGUUGGAGCCAACAGUGGCACAAGCCUGUUAUAGAUGUGAUAUAUAGGUUUACUGCUCUGAUUCUUAUGAGUAGGUAUGUCUCUACUACACCGCGAACGACAAGUGAAUUGCUGUUGUACACUUUAAUAAUAAAAUUGACUAUUAUGCCAUUCAUAUUUAUAUUUUAGACUUUUAAUUUUUUUGCAAUAAAUAUAUCAAUAAUGACUUGAUGACACAGAUUGCUAAUGGUUAACAAUGCCAUUCAAUGGAAAAGUGCCACGAAUGUUGCUAUGCAUUUAUUACGUUUUAAAUAAAACGCCAUAUGACAGCACACGGCAUAUGACAGCAUAUGGUGAUGAACUCGGGUCUGUGGCAAUGAAAUGAAAUGGUAAAUUCAAUGUCAUCUUUAUACAUUUAUGAUGGCGCUCCUAUACAUUCCAGUUCCGUGCUGUCUUGUUGUGUACUUAAUUUUAGGUUGUUUUAUAAUCUGUACAUAUUGCUGAGGAAAAAUGUGAUUAUUUAGCUCUUUUAUACAAAAUAAAGAUGGUUUGUUAAGGCAUAACUUUUUAAUAUUUAAAUAAUAAUAUUUAAACAAUAAAUAUUUCAAAAUUUUAUAAA